AGUGUUUACUUCUGUGUGUUAAAAUAGACGAAGCACUUUCCACAAGACAUUAUUAUGAUGUACAAGACGGUUUCCAGUCUAACAACUUUUUAAUUAGGUAAUUAUUAAAAUGGAAAACAGAAAAAAGGAAACACCCAAGAGAAACUAGGAUACCUGUUGACAGAAGCAAGCUUGAUUUCUACUUUACGGUCAAGUUAUCACAAUGAAACCUCAGGACAUUAUAAAGGAGAAGAGCAGCUUGUGGAUAUUUGGAUAUGGCUCCUUAGUGUGGAAACCGGAUUUUACAUACAAUAGAAGCAAAAUCGGUUAUAUUAAAGGAUACAAGAGACGGUUCUGGCAUGGAGACGACUUUCAUCGAGGGGACAAAGAAAAGCCAGGCAGAGUUGUCACACUAGUGGCAGAUCAGGAGGCUUGUACAUGGGGUGUUGCCUAUGAAGUGCCUGAGUCACAGAUUGAAGAUUCCCUUCAGUAUCUAAAUAUGAGAGAGGUUGUGUUGGGGGGUUACGCAACUGAGAUGGUGGAGUUCAUCCCUAAAGAGAAGAAUCAGGGUUCGCAGUUGGCCCUUGUCUACAUUGCUACUUCUGACAACCCCAUCUACCUCGGCCCAGCCUCAGACAUGGAGAUCGCCACCCAGAUUUCCAUCUGCAGCGGCAACACGGGCCACAAUAUUGAAUAUCUGCUCCGGCUGGUGGAGUUCAUGAGGCUCUACUGUCCCGAGGUGGAAGAUGAGCAUCUUUUCUCGAUCGAGGCAGCUGUUCUGAACAUUUUCCGUGACUGUGGAGGGAUAAAAGACCAAAACUCCCUACUGCUGGGAGCUAUUUAAUAGACUGCACACAGCAUCCCUCAAAUGAUUUACUACUGUUUGAUAGGGAAAUGAAGUCCUGCAGCUGAGUAUUUGGUGCUUAAAAGUGCUGAUUUGGUUUCAUUUGAAUAUAAUGUAACUUUACUAAGCACUCUACUUUUUGACAUUUUUUCAACUGUGACAACAAAGACUUUAACUUAAAUGGCAUGUUAAACUGAAGCAUAUAACGCUUUUUAAAAUGAACACUAAUUUGUGCUUCUUUUGUUUGAAUCUGAUCAUGUUUAAUGGGAAUGAUAAUGAUGCAAAAGGUUACCAGAAGGCACCUUUAAAUAUAUGUGAAUAAAAACACAGAACUUUAAAUGAGAUUUUUUUUUUCUGCUGCUGUUUUAGAAGAUUUCCAUGUCUCAUAUGCAGUAUGUAUGCUUGAUGCAUACAAAAACCCCUUUGCCUCGUGUUAGAAUAUCACGUGGCUAAGGAAUGUUGACUCAUUGCUGAAAUGCUGACUUUUCCUUGGACUGCACAGACAAAGGAGGUUUCUGAGAUGUUCUGUGCAUGUUAUGUGCAUACAUAUAAACCAUUAACUUUUUACUCUGGGUGUUUUUCUUUUACUUUUCAGCAGUUUCAAGCAGCUGGAUGUAUAAGCAUGUACUUCUGAGCCAGGGCUAUGAUCCCAUAAAAUCUGCAAAGCACAGUAUCUUUAUAAAAAGGUUGUUAUGCAGCCAAGCAUUCACCAAAGACAAAACUUUAAGCUAAAGUUCCAAUUAAAAUUCCUAUG